AUGUUUUCCCUUUCGAGCACCGUGCAGCCCCAGGUUACAGUUCCUUUGAGUCAUCUCAUCAAUGCCUUCCAUUCUCCAAAAAGCACAUCAUCUGUCAGUGUAUCAGUUUCUCAAAAUCAGCAUCGAGAUGUGAGUCCUGAACAUGAGGCUCCCAGCAAUGAGCCUGUGCUUAACUUAAGGGACCUUGGAUUAUCUGAAUUAAAAAUUGGACAGAUUGAUCAAUUGGUAGACAGUCUUCUUCCUGGAAUUUGUAAAGGCAAAAACAUUUCUUCCCAUUGGCAUACAUCUCAUGUCUCUGCACAGUCCUUCUUUGAAAAUAAAUAUGGUUACAUAGAUGUAUUUAGUACUUUACGUUCCUCUUGCCUGAACAGACAACAUUCAAGAACUCUGAAGAACAUUUGUUCAGAUCUUCAGUACUGGCCAGUUUUCAUACAGUCUCGGAGUUUUAAAACGUUAAAAUCAAGAACACGACGUCUACAGUCCACCUCUGAAAGAUUAGCAGAAACACAGUAUAUAGCACCAUCAUUUGUGAAGGGAUUUCUUUUGCGGGACAGGGGAUCAGAUGUUGAGACUUUGGACAAACUUAUGAAAACCAAAAACAUACCUGAAGCUCACCAAGAUGCAUUUAAAACUGGUUUUGCAGAGGGUUUUCUGAAAGCUCAAGCACUAACACAAAAAACCAAUGAUUCUCUAAGACGAACUCGUCUGAUUCUAUUUGUUCUACUGCUAUUUGGCAUUUAUGGACUUUUAAAAAACCCAUUUUUAUCUGUCCGCUUCCGGACGACAACGGGGCUUGAUUCUGCAGUAGAUCCUGUCCAGAUGAAAAAUGUCACCUUUGAGCAUGUUAAAGGAGUGGAGGAAGCUAAACAAGAGUUACAAGAAGUUGUGGAAUUCUUGAAAAAUCCACAAAAAUUUACUGUGCUUGGAGGCAAACUUCCAAAAGGAAUUCUUUUAGUUGGACCACCAGGAACAGGAAAAACACUUCUUGCUCGGGCUGUAGCUGGAGAAGCUGAUGUUCCUUUUUAUUAUGCUUCUGGAUCAGAAUUUGAUGAGAUGUUUGUGGGUGUGGGAGCCAGCCGCAUAAGAAAUCUUUUUAGGGAAGCAAAAGCGAAUGCUCCUUGUGUUAUAUUCAUUGAUGAAUUAGAUUCUGUUGGUGGGAAGCGAAUUGAAUCUCCAAUGCAUCCAUAUUCAAGGCAGACUAUAAAUCAACUUCUUGCUGAAAUGGAUGGUUUUAAACCCAAUGAAGGAGUUAUCAUCAUAGGAGCCACAAACUUCCCAGAAGCAUUAGAUAAUGCCUUAAUUCGUCCUGGUCGUUUUGACAUGCAGGUUACAGUUCCAAGGCCAGAUGUAAGAGGUCGAACAGAAAUUUUGAAAUGGUAUCUCAAUAAAAUAAAAUUUGAUCAGUCUGUUGAUCCAGAAAUCAUAGCUCGAGGUACUGUUGGCUUCUCUGGAGCAGAGUUGGAGAAUCUUGUGAACCAAGCUGCUUUAAAGGCAGCUGUUGAUGGAAAAGAAAUGGUUACCAUGAAAGAACUUGAGUUUUCCAAAGAUAAAAUUUUAAUGGGGCCUGAACGUAGAAGUGUGGAAAUCGAUAACAAAAACAAAACCAUCACUGCAUAUCACGAAUCUGGCCAUGCUAUUAUUGCAUAUUACACUAAAGAUGCAAUGCCUAUCAAUAAAGCUACAAUCAUGCCUCGAGGGCCAACACUUGGGCAUGUGUCCCUGUUGCCUGAGAAUGACAGGUGGAAUGAAACCAGGGCUCAGCUGCUUGCACAAAUGGAUGUUAGUAUGGGAGGAAGAGUGGCAGAGGAGCUUAUAUUUGGGACUGACCAUAUUACAACAGGUGCUUCCAGUGAUUUCGAUAAUGCAACUAAAAUAGCAAAGUGGAUGGUUACCAAAUUUGGAAUGAGUGAAAAGCUUGGAGUUAUGACCUACAGUGAUACAGGGAAACUAAGUCCAGAAACACAAUCAGCUAUUGAACAAGAAAUCAGAAUCCUUCUGAAGGACUCGUAUGAACGAGCAAAACAUAUCUUGAAGACUCAUGCAAAAGAGCACAAGAAUCUAGCAGAAGCUUUAUUGACCUAUGAGACUUUGGAUGCCAAAGAGAUUCAAAUUGUUCUUGAGGGGAAGAAAUUGGAAUUGAGGUGA